AUAGCGGCAGGCGAUAUAUAGAAGGACUCUCACUUGACCGAUCACUAUAGGCUGUCACUGGUCAGGUCGAGGUCAAGCACUGCUUCUCGUGUAGUCGAGGUCAAAGGUCAAGAGCUACUCGAUUGUAUGAUGUUUAACAACUAAAGACGUCUGGAUCAGAAAGACAUCAAUUAGAAUUAGUGGAUAGCCUUCUAAAGCUAGUUCAUCCAUUGGCUAAUUGGCUAACGUGUUUACAAGAUAUCUACAAAGUAGAAGAUAUGUAGACGGAUCUAGUUCUUUAUGUGUAUCAGUUCUUUCAGUUACAACUAAAUAAUUAUAAAUACUAUCAAAAGGAGUGGGCUUGGUGAGUGGCAGUGUGGCAUUCUUCACAGCACAUCACCGAGGCCAGUCUAUAUUUAACUAUAAACUUGUUUUCAAGCCUGAGCUACUAGGACCACACCUGUCCCCUAGGUACUCUGUCAGACACAGUCCUGCUGUGUAGGAUUACAUCUACUUCGUCCUCGUUAGGAAACAGAAACAGACCGCCAUGGGGAAGGGUAUGUCCCAUUUGUCCAAGGAUGAUCUGAGGUUCCUCCAGGAGAACACAAAGUUUAACAAAGAGGAAAUUAAACAGUGGUACAAAGGAUUCAUGCGUGACUGUCCUGAUGGUCAACUGUCCAGAGAGAAGUUCAAAGAGGUCUAUGCCCAGUUCUUCCCUGGGGGUGAUCCCAAUGCUUUCUGUAAUCAUGUAUUUCGCUCUUUUGACAAAGACGGCAGCGGUUCCAUUGAGUUUAAAGAAUUCCUCCUGGCCAUCAAUAUAACAUCCAACAAAGGUGACCCCAAGGAAAAACUCAACUGGGCCUUCUCCAUGUAUGACAUUGAUGGAAAUGGGACUAUAGACAAAAGUGAAAUGGAAAGUAUAAUCAAGGCCAUCUACAACAUGUUGGGGAGCGCAAUUCAGGAUCAAAACAUUGAAUCCCCACAGGAGAGGACCACAAAGAUCUUCAACAAGAUGGACACCAACAAUGAUGGUGUCUUGUCCAAGGAAGAAUUCGUCCAGGGCUGCAUGAAUGACCGCUGCCUCUACCAGAUGCUUACAGCAGAUGGAGAAGCACCUAAGGAAUAAUGUUAGAAAUUUUGUUUCUUUUUCUGGGGGGUUUGGGGUGGACCUGUGUUUGGGAGGGGGGUGGGAGGAAAUGGGGGCAGGGCUCAUCUUAUUGGCUGUUGGUGUAAAGAAAGAAGAAAACAUGGGCUGUGAGAUUGAACGGGAUGCUCUCCCCUGCAAACUAAAUAUGAGAGUAGAUUUUGUUAAGAGUGAAAUGUGGUAUAACUGAUUAUAACAUGCAUUUUAAAGUGCUGCUCUCUAUAUGUAUUUUUUCAUUACAAAAAAAAUUUCAUUUAUUGUUACAAUUAUGAAAAAAAUGUACAUUUAUUUUUACUGAUGCUUUUUCUUAAUUUAUGAAUUCCAAUUCAUUAAGAACUUUGAAUAAAAUGUAUUAUAAUAUGCAAAUUUUAUUUUCUAAUGUUUCUUAGACUUUCUGAAAUAACACAGUAGUGGUUAUUAGUAAAGCUGGUGUUGACAUGUGGCCUCAUUGUUGUUCACAAUCCUACUCUAGAAGCACUUUUCAUUGUUAGAUUAACUUGUUCAUUUUAAUUAUGUUUUUGAAAAUAAACAAACUUUUUAUAAUAAUGUCUUCUUUCAAAAUAAACUAAACUAAGUAGAUUAGUAAUAAAUAAUGGUUCAACAUGAUAAACAGUAACAUUAAAUUCUGAAGAGUUGGAUAUGGAUUUAUGGAAUUUAUGCUUUCAUUUUGAAAACAAAGUAUUUUAGUGUGUUUAAGUAUCUACGCAAUUUUAUAAUCAAGAAAAUUUAUGUGUCAUUAUUGAAUGUUUUUGAAAUACACUAUAUAUAUUUAUAAAUUAUUGACAUUUUGUAUUUCUUCCUUUAGCUACUUAUAAUUUACAAAUAAAAAUAGUGACAACAAAAACUUCCCUAAGCUUCAUAUAAAGACCAAUAUAGGGACCAUUUUAAAAUGUCAGACAAUUUAUCUUGAACAUCAUUUGGCUGGCAAAAAUAUUGCUUAGUUCUAUUUAAAAGUAAUACUAAUUCCGUUUUCUAUGAGUUAAAACAUUAGAAAAUCUCAUAACUGCUAAGUGUGUAAUAGGUUGAUCAAUAAAAUAUUAUCUUAAAGAAAUGAUGAGACUCUUUAUGCUUGAGAAUGUAGAGGUAACUCCACAAUGACUGGAUAUUUGUUUACACAGCCUUGUAUGACCGCAACUCUCACACCAUGGUACUCAGAACAAAAUGUUGCUACGCACAUUCUUUAAGUCUUGAUUGUUUUUCAUAAUAAACUACUUAGAAAGCUAUAUUCACUUUGGAUGUGUUAGUUGCUGUUUCAAUUUUAUUUUAGAUAUAUUUGUGUAUAAUGACCAUAAUUUGCUUUAGUAAACAUGAACAUGGCCAAGUUGUUAUUAAUCCCAGCAAUUUUGUUUGUUUUGCUUCUAUCACCACUCAUUCAAAGUCCACACUCCUUAGAACAUGAGAUCACAAUGUCUGAUGCCUCACAAUGUCUGAUGCCUUUGAACAGUAAUUUCAUGUUUCAUCCUUUUAUUUUGUUUCAAUUUUAAACAUUCCCUUUUUUUGAUUCGCUUCAAUAUGUGCUGUGUUCUUAUAUUCCUAAAACAUUAACUGCUUUUCAAUCUACCGGUUUAUCACUGACCACCAGUUCUUCGGAGAAUAGGAAAGUUGGAUUCAAAGUUUUGGAGUGUUUUCUUUUUAGAGAAUUACAUAUGUUAUUAACUGAUUUGAUUUGUGGCAUCUCUAUGGCAAAAAGCAUAUACUAUUGAAGUCUUGGAGUAGAAGCGAUUGAAAAUUAUCAGAAAUUAACUUUUUAAAGUUCUUUUUCUUUUUACAUGUUGAGUACCCUGGGCAUAAAAAUGAUGAAUAUACAAUGAUCUCAAUGAUCCAGGGGAGAAGACUGAUUUCCAAAUUUACCAACAGGAAUUUAUUUGUUUUUCUCCCUUAGAUUAAAGGGAAAAAAAAAUAUUUUCAGAGAUUCAACUAAUCAGGUAUUGUCUUUGUUUUGCUUAUGAAUGUCCAUAAUUGAAUUUCUUUUUAUUUUUUUUUCAUUUUCCAAACAUUUUACUUAAAGCUGCUUGAACUAUGUAACUUAUACUACAAUAAAGCUUUUGGAACAGUUCUUUACAUUUAUCUAUACAAUUUCUAUUUGACUCCACUUCUCACACCCGCUGAUUGCUGAAAUACACAAAAAUAUUGUUCAAAGAAAAAUGACAUAUAAGGUUUGUGACUAAUUUGAAUAUUUAACUGUACAAUCUGAAUGUUACUGAUUUAAUAUAUUUAUAUAUUCACAUAAUAUAUUAUAUCUUUGUUUUUUAAUUGCUAUGUCUGAAGAGAGUUUGUAAUCUCAAUAACAUUAUUUUGAAGUUAAAUACACUUUUUGUUACUUUUAAUUACAUUAUGAUUUAGUCAUGAUAAAAUUAAAUAUUUUAUAUAUUUUAAAAUAGCAUAAACAGCUUAUAAAGUAUAGAUUUUGUGAAGUUAACAUUUUAGAUAAUAUAUCCAUAUGGCAUAUGGUUUGAUUUAUGCAUAACGCCAAUUAAUUCUAUCAAUAUCGCAUGCCCAGUGCACUCUGUGGAGGUAUCUGUAAAAGUCCUCUGUGCUGCCUUUAAGCCUUUGUAAUACAACAAGGCAGAUCAAUCUUGAAAUAUUUAUAUUUUGUCUCCUUCUAACUUCAAAUCAUCAGUUUGGUAGCCAAAGCUUUUAGACCACAGAGAGGCCACACCUUGCUUUGCUCUCGAUUUUGAAGCAUCAACCUUUGCCACUUGUCCAUUUCAUGAUAUUAAACUUUAUAUAACAGUCACUGAUGUAUUUAAUCACAUCUAAAUUACAUUUUCCCCUUCAUAUAUCUUUAUAUAGGCCUAUAUACAUAGAUUUUGAAAUUCCUUCCAUUUAGUUUGUUUCUAUUUGUUAGUUACUGAAGGUAAUAAAAACUGUCCGCUAAUUGA